AUGGACUGUAAAGUUGCUGAAACUAUAUUAUUGUUUAAAAAUUUAAUUUUAGAUAUUAUGGAAGCAAAACAAGAUAUUCCUAAAAUUUUAAAGAAAUUUUUCAAUUUGUUGAAACACAGUAAAUUUGGCACAAUUAAAGAUAUCAAAUUAUUUGAUUCAAAAUUGAAAGAAUUUCAUAAGAAAGAAGUUACACCAGAAAAAAUUAAAUUGUUUUCAAAUGAUUCUUUUGCGGAAUUCAUAAUACAUACAUUUCAAAAGACUUCAUGUGAAAAAUUAUUUAAAGAUUUUGAUAAACAGAAUACAGCAAUUAUUACAGCUGUAGGUGCUAAUGUUCCAUUAUCUUUAGUUCCACCAGCAGACUUAUCCACGUUGGCGAUACUAUUGCCAACAAUGCUCUCCGCGACUAAUACGAAAUGUAUGUUAGUUAGUUUUUGUAAGUCAUCGAGAAGAAUUAAAUACUUCGGUUAUUAUAAAAAUCAUGAAAAGGUGGAAGCAUUAAAAUCAUACCUAUCAAAGAGACUCGUUACAUACGAACAUUUUAGAGACCGGUUUUUCAAAAAAAAAAAAAAAUCUUACCUUCGCCAGGACUAUUGUGAUAGGUUGAUGAAUCAUAUAAUGUCUAAAUCAACCAUUAGCUCUGCUCAAAGAAUUAUUUCCGGAAUAAUUAACUUGCUAGUACCGAUUCCUGGUUUCUCAUUUGUAUCUAAUAUGGCUACAUUUUCAUAUAAUUAUCCUAAUACAAUUAGUAUGAACUUAGAAGUUAAAUUAUGGGUGAAAAAUUGUAAAGAUAAAUUUGAUAAAAAAAAAUAA